AUGGCCGCCUCACUUGGUCUCGGCCUGUCUGUUGUCCUAGCGAUUCUCCUGGUUUCUUAUUUCCCUGAGUAUUCGAUAUCCGGAUCGUUUACGUGGACAUUCCCUGCCAUCUUUACGGUGUACCUCAUCGUCCAAGGAGUGUAUUCCGUCAUUCUAUAUCCUAUAUUCUUCACGCCCUACAAAAAUAUACCUGUCGCACCAGGCCGAAGCAUUUGGAAUGGUCAUUUCAAAAUACUACAGGCAGCGACACAAGGCUCUCCCAGCGCGAAAUGGACUCGAGAAGUCCCCAACAACGGGCUUAUCCGCUUUUACUUCAUGUUAAACCGGGAGCGGCUGCUAGUUACCUCAACCAAGGCGCUGGCAGAUGUGCUGGUUCACAGGGCAUAUGACUUUGAGAAAUCGCGGGCGCUGGUUGCGUCCCUGGAAUGGAUUACUGGAACUGGUGUCCUCCUUGCUGAAGGAGACGUGCAUAGGGCCCAAAGAAAGAAUUUGAACCCAGCAUUCUCAUUCCGUCAUAUCAAGCAGCUCUAUCCAAUCUUCUGGCAAAAAUCAUUGGAGAUGGCUGACAAGAUUGAACAAACCAUCAGCGGGUUGCAAGAAGAUAAAAAGGUCAUCUCCUUCGGAGCCUUCACCGGGAACGCAACUCUCGAAAUCAUCGGCCUAGCCGGCAUGGGCUACGAUUUAGAAUCAGUCCACGAGCUUUGUGAAGAAUAUCAGAAGAUGUUGUCACCCGCCCCUCCCAUGACGAAAGUGAUUCAAAUGAUCACAUUUAUGAUCUCACCAGAACUCUUUUUCUAUUUACCACUACCAUAUGUAACGCAGGUUCGCGCAGCAUCUCAGAAAAUCCGCGAUAUAUCACGUCAACUUAUCCAGCGGAAACUACAAGAACUCUCUGAUAAGAAGCUAGAUGAUUCAAGCGGUGAUAUAAUAUCCGUAGCCCUUGAGAGUGGCAACUUUACGGAAGACGGUCUAGCCGACCAAAUAAUGACCUUUCUGGCGGCUGGCCAUGAAACGACGUCAACCUCCCUUCAAUAUGGAACACAUAUUUUGUGCACGCACCCUGAUAUCCAAAAACGGCUACGAGACGAGGUUAGGAUUAUGAUGACAGCCCCUAGACUAGUUGCGGGCCCAGACGGUUCACCCUGUGGACUUGCAUCCUUUAUCGAUUCAAUGCCUUACCUCAACGCAUUCUGUAACGAGCUCUUCCGCUUCUAUCCUCCAGUUACGGUCACAUCCCGUCAAGCCGCUCGUGACACAACCAUAGCUGGCCAUCCGAUUAAAAAGGGAACGCAUAUUGUUAUUGCACCAAGGGCAACAAAUCGUAACCCUGAGUUCUGGGGCCCAGACGCAGAUGUAUUUAACCCGGAUCGCUGGCUAGCGCCUGGCUGUACUAAUACUGGUGGAGCAGAAAGUAAUUAUGCUUUCCUCACUUUCAUACAUGGGCCACGAAGCUGUAUUGGGAGUGGGUUCGCGAAGGGUGAAUUGAUGUGUUUGAUCGCUGCACUGGUAUGGAGGUUUGAGAUGGAGCUCGAGGACCCCGAGAAGGAAAUGGAAAUCACUCCUGGUCUUACAAAUAAGCCCAAAGAUGGAGUUAGGGCAAGGCUCAGGGUUUUGAGGGACGGUAGGUAG